UAAUUGUCAAUUAUGUUUGAAAAUUUCAGGCCAGCCAAAGGGCUUCUUACAAUUUGAAAGAUGGCAGAGCCAAUAGCUUGUAAAUUUUAGGUUUCCACAGAAAUACGUUACUGUUGGUAUAUUAGUUUUUAAAUUUAAGCAAAUAUGUUCUCACACUUUGGAAUGUUGUUGAAAGAAUUUACCUGUUUUACAAAAUGUUUGUGGAAGUUUUGAAAACCAAUAAUCUAUUGUAAAUGUGUUGGGUCAAAAUUUUAACGAAGAACACUGCAGAGGAAAAGCUGAUUUCACUUUCUCAGCUUAAGCAACUAUGGAACUAAACUAUUUCAUGAAGUGGAAUUUUGAUCCAACGAAUAAAUGAAACUUUCCAAGGUUAUACAAAGAUCUCAAUCGGUAAGAAUCAGAUGAUCCUUAUUCAAAGUUCAAGGAUGCGUUGAACACUUUGGAUACACAUAUUGCAAAUGGAAUAAUAAAGGAAUUAAACUCCAAUCCAGAACAAUCUAUUAGCAUUUGCGCUGAAGGGUAGACCCAAGAGCAAGCUCUUGAACUGAAGCAUAAACAAGUAAAUACGGAAGGAGUUGAGUGGGUUCUACCAUUUAACCCGAUUGAUUCUAGCGGAAAAAUGAAGUUUUGAAAUCAAUGACCUACCCAAGCUUAAUGAAGAUGGAAUUGAAAAGCUAGUAUGACCGCGGUUUCAGAACCAUUCAGAGUUUACACACUUUUAUGAAGGUGAUAACAUAAAAUUGACGACUCAUGGAAAACACGCCGGAAUCAGCUGGUGAACCCAAAAGAGCUGCUGCUCCCCAACAUAUCAAGUAUUGGCGAGCGAUCAUAUUUGAAGUAAUAAUUAUUUUACUAGCUGCGAUAUUGGCUGGCAUUCUGGUAUAUUGGAGUUUCAGUUCAGAAGGAUUCGUCCUGUUUGCUUUUCAUCCAGCAUUGGAAAGUCUUGGAAUGGUCCUAUUCAUGGCGACAGCUAUCUAUAUGUGCAGUAGCCAAUUCUUGACGAGGCCAGAACCACAACCCUCGAAGAUUCGUAACUUUCUACAUUGGCUUUUGAAUACAAUUUCGGUAUUUGCGAUUGCGGUGGGGGUGCUAAUAAUCACUUGGAAUAAGUUCUUGAUGGACCAAAAUCAUUUCGAAACAGCUCAUGCCAUAGUUGGGCUAUCGAGUUUCAUAUCAAUGUGUUUGACGGUGGCCUUAGGAGCAGCUUCGAAUAGUCCUAAGCAUCGUCAAAAUAUUGCUUUGAAACUCUUCUACCUUUCUUUUGGAUUGCUAACGUAUUGGCUAGGGGCUGCCUCUCUGAUGUUGGGAUUUUUAAAAGAGGAUCAAACCAACGGAAAAUUUUCAGUGGCUUUGAUUGCAAUCCUAGCAUUUUGGUUUAUUGUCUCUUGGAAGCCACUUGAAGAUUUUUGUAACAGAUUACAAAAUGCUUGUCAAUCCAGGAAUAUGAUUGCUUAAAUCCAUUUUUUAAGAAAAUGUUUAUAUGUAUUUACGCCUGCAGUCUAAAUUACAUUACUUCAGUUUCCAUUUUACAGUUUAUUGUAUAUACAAAUAUGAAAAUUAUAUGUAUAACCAAAAAUCUGUACUAUCAAAACUGGAGAUUUAAAAUAAAAACUUAUUGAGCAAUGAUUC